AUGGACCCAUUCCGACGUAAUCCCAUCCUGGAGGUGACCAAGUGCGAGAUGUGUCCCAGGCUGGUGUAUGAUUUUGUGACCGGAUUGUGCGCCCGCUGCCUGACCAUUUGGUCCGGAAAGAAACACGUGGACGGGGUGCGAUUCACCUUGGAUCAACAGAGGGCCAUCAUCGUGAGCAUGGUCCGAGGUGCCCAGGACCUGGGUCCAAUGGACCCCGUUUUCCGGCAGGCCAUCGAAGAGACGAGGAUGCUACGCCUGCAGAAAGUUGAGCUGUUCCAGAAGAUUCGACAACAAGUCCAGCUCUCCACUCUCACCGUACCGUUUUACGACAAAAAUCCCAAAUAUGAGACCACUGAUGACUACUGGGAUGCCCCUGAAAUCGUCGAUGAGGACUUUGUGAAGUUCCAGAAGCAAAUAGACCUCCUAAGCGAUGUGCCCCGUGUAUCACUAAACGACUUUGACCCGAACAACAAUGCACAGUCACAAAAAAAGUACUAA